AUGAGAGGUUUCAAUGUUUUUGUCUGAAGGAACAACCGUGAGGUGAUUGGCCAAGUCCCUCCAGUUGAGCUCCAGUAUGAAAGGAAACGGUAGCCGCAGAAAGCCAGAGCAGUUGACUGCUCGAUUCAUUUGAUCGUCCUCACUCCAUCUGGCCCUUGAUUAUGGCAGACCCAUCGCAGGAUACUGUUCGUGCCCACUGGCGAUGUUUCUUAGCAUGCGGAAUCAUCGUAUUGUCUCCUUUCCAGUAUGGCCUUGACUUUGGAUUGAUCGGUGGACUACAAGCCAUGCCUGGCUUUCUCAAGAUCUAUGGCUACCGAGACCCCGAAGUCGCAAUCGGGUGGAACAUCGACACCACUCGACAGCAGCUUAUUUCGUCCCUGAUGACGAUGGGCGCCUUCAUAAGCUCCAGUCUCGCAGGGUUCGUAGCGGCAAAACUUGGAAGGAAAAUGUGUCUUCGGAUGGCUUGCGUUCUCUGCGCAGUAUCGAACAUCAUCAUGAUGACCACGACACAUAUUGGGCCGCUGUAUGUUGGCCGGCUUCUUAUCGGGUUGGCCAACGGCUACUUCAUGACCUUCUCCCAACUGUACAUCCAAGAGAGUAGUCCAGCAAAGUAUCGUGGUUUGUUCUUGACCGUGUUUCAUCUGUGCACAACCUUUGGCACACUCAUCGGUACCAUAAUCGACUGGGCAACAGCGAAACGCCCUGAUCGCUCUGCAUAUCUCAUCCCUCUCGGAAUGAUAUACGUAGUUCCAGCUAUCAUAUUCGCUGGUUUGCCUUUCAUUCCAGAGUCACCAAGAUGGCUUGUUCUUCAAGGACGCUACGAAGAUGGUCUCAAGUCGCUCAAGUGGCUCAGGCCAGAGGGCGCAGAUACCGAGGCGGAGAUAGCAGAUAUCCGCCAAGCUAUUGAUAACGAGCGUGCAUUGUCCAAGGGUGUCGGUAUCCUGGAUAUGUUCAAUAACCCAAUCGACAGAAGGCGAACCAUGAUCUCCAUAUGUGCUGUUUGCCUCCAGGCUGCCACUGGGUCAAUGUUCAUCAUUGCUUACAAGGCCUACUUCUUCGCCAUGGCUAAAGUUCAAGACCCGUUUGCAAUGAGCAACGUUCUCAGUAUGGCAGGUAUGCUUGCUAUCAUCGCCAAUGUUUGUAUCGUUGUACGAUAUGGAAGACGAAGAGUACUCCUCCUUUGUGGCCUCAUAACCGCUGGCUUCUUCCAAUUGAUCAUCGCAAUCGUUUAUGAUCACAACCCGGGCGCAAUCAUCACCGGCAAGGUACUGGUUGCGCUUUCAUGCUUCUACAUGAUGGCUUUCAAUGGCAUGAUUGCUCCAUAUUCAUGGCUCGUUGCUGGCGAAAUCCCAUCACAACGCCUUCGAAGCUACACCUUCGGCCUUGCUGCAGCAGCAGGAUUCCUUGGCGCUUGGCUGAUCACGUUCACCGCUCCUUACUUCAUUAAUCCCGUUGCGUUGAACUGGGGACCAAGAUAUGGCUACAUCUGGUUCCCUUCGUGCAUCAUUAGCGCUGUUUGGGUGUACUUCUACCUGCCUGAAGUUAAGGGACGGGCCUUGGAAGAAAUCGACGCUAUGGUAAGUAACCCGAAGUCGAUCCAGCAACAAGGCAAGAUUACUCACCAUUCUGUGUAGUUCAACGAGAAGCUGCCAGCCAGGAAGUUCCGAGGUUACAAAGUGCAGGGACCAGGUGUCGGAGAGACUGUUGGAAAGUUAAGCGUUGAGCUCAACGUCGUUGAAACUGAGAGAGUCUAGUAACAACCAUGUGGUGGGCUAGUCUGUAUUCGUCACAGUAGCUGGUAUGCCUCUAUUAUCUCCUUAACGGGUGAAGAAGCUUUAAGGCUUUCCUCAAGUAGUUUCGAGCUAGUAAGGAAGAAAGUCGACGCUCAUAUCUUCAAUCGUCUCCCAAGUGCGCGUCGAGUCAUCGGGGUGUUGAAGCCAAACUCUUUCCAAUAGCUCUAGUGUCUUGAACAGAUGAGGAGUCUUCAUCCAUCUUCCAAUGUCUACCAGCUCGAGCCUGAUCUCAUCUCGCGCAGACCCGAUAGCAUAAAGCCCGGCGGUGAACAAGGGUGAGACUAACAGUACUCUCGGAGAGAGUCCAGACUCACGAGACAUUUUAUGAGCACACUGAAUGAUUUGAGUAACGCAGAAGCGGACUUC